CCGUCUACUGUACGACAAACUCGAUUAAGUAUUAUCACCGGUAUAAAACUAACGGCACCAUUGUCAUUUUCAUCAGUGUAUCGCGUCCAAUCUUCAGAGAGUCUACUAUACGGAACAAAAUUUCGACUACCGUAAAAGAAAACUUCAACUAGAAAACCUAAACGAUGAACACUGUGUCAAGGAAAAUCGCCCUCCUGGCCGCCGCUCUGGUUUUGAUCGCGAUCGUCGGGUACGCUGUGGCGGACAUGGCGGACGUGGGCUUGUGCAUCAGGAACUGCGCCCAGUGCAAGAAGAUGUUGGGUGCCUACUUCGAAGGACCUCUGUGUGCGGACGCCUGUGUCAAGUUCAAGGGCAAGAUGAUACCGGACUGCGAGAACAUCGAUUCCGUAGCACCAUUCCUCAACAAACUCGAGUGAUCGUCUCGAACCUGCAGUGGACCGAUUAUAUUAUAUUAUUAUAUACUUACAAAUAAAUUAUUAUUUUAUACGCUGCACUCUGUACACAGGCUGCAGUCAUACGCACGGACUUGUAGUAAACAGUGUCGAUAAAUAAUUAUAGCUUGAUGAUUUCACUUGAUUAACGUAAAUACGUAAUCCAUAAUACGAUUGUACGAUUUUGUAAUCCAACGACAAUGUAUUAAUAUAAUAAACCAAUAUUAUUAUUA